AUGUCCUCAUAUUUUCUUUGGAGUAUGGUUAUUUUGUUGACAUUUGCUGAAUCAGAUGGUGAAGUUGGAAGACUUCAGCUGGAGAGGCAAACAAGGAACACUGACUUCCAACAGCCUCGAAUGGCUACAGAGAGAGGAAAUUUAGUGUUUCUUACUGGGUCUUCUCAAAACAUUGAAUUUAAAACUGGAUCCCUGGGGAAAAUUAAGUUAAAUGAUGAAGACCUUGGUGAACGUUUGCAUCAGAUUCAGAAAAACAAAGAUGAUAUUACAGAUUUAAAGAGGAGUGUGGUUGGUCUGCCUCAAAAUAUUUCUAGUCAAAUCCAUCAGCUUAAUUCCAAGUUUGUGGAUCUUGAGAGACAAUUUCAAAGCUUACAGCAGACGGUGGACAAAAAGGUUUGCAGCAGCAAUCCCUGCCAAAACGCUGGAACCUGCCUCAAUCUUCAUGAUGCCUUUUUCUGUAUCUGUCCUUCACAGUGGAAGGGUCCUCUCUGCUCAGUUGAUGUUAACGAAUGUGAGAUUUACUCGGGAACCCCCUUCAGCUGCCAGAAUGGAGCCACCUGUAUCAAUACAAUAGGGAGUUACAGUUGUCUCUGCUCACCUGAGACGUAUGGCCCACAGUGCGCAUCCAAGUACGACGACUGUGAAGGGGGCUCCAAGGCUCUCUGUGUCCAUGGCAUCUGCGAGGAUCAAGUCCGAGUACAGGCUGGAGAGCCCAAGUACAGCUGCAUCUGCGAUGCUGGCUGGACGUCCCCACCCAACAGCUCCGCCUGCACGCUGGACAUAGACGAGUGCAGCCUCUGGCCGGCGCCUUGCUCAGCACUUGUGCGGUGUUUCAACACCCCAGGCUCCUUCUAUUGCGGGGCCUGUCCCACAGGCUGGCAAGGAAAUGGAUAUGAUUGCCAAGAUAUCAAUGAAUGUGAGAUAAAUAAUGGCGGUUGUUCUGUCGCUCCACCUGUUGAGUGUGUGAAUACACCUGGAUCUUCCCACUGUCAGGCCUGUCCACCAGGGUACCAGGGCGAUGGGCGAGUGUGCACACUCAUAGACGUCUGCUCGGUCAACAACGGAGGCUGCCACCCACACGCGUCCUGCUCCUCCGCUCCAGGUUCCUUACCUCUCUGUACUUGUCUCCCGGGAUAUACUGGAAAUGGUUUUGGCCCAAAUGGAUGUGUGCAACUCAGUAAUAUUUGCCUGAGUCGCCCCUGUUUAAACGGACAAUGCACUGAAACAGUGUCCGGUUAUCUUUGUAAGUGUGAUUCAGGUUGGGCUGGUAUCAACUGCACAGAAAACAUCAACGAGUGUCUGAGCAACCCCUGUUUGAAUGGGGGAACAUGUGUGGAUGGCAUUAACGCCUUCAGUUGCGAAUGCACACGUUUCUGGACUGGAUUUCUCUGCCACAUUCCCCAGCAAGUGUGUGGAGGGUCCCUCUCGGGGCUGAACGGGAGCUUCAGCUAUAAGAGCCCUGAGGCUGGUUAUGUUCAUGACGUUAACUGCUUCUGGGUCGUCCGAACUGAAGAGAGAAAGGUGCUGCGUAUCACCUUCACUUUUUUCCAGUUAGAAUCAGUGAACAAUUGUCCACAUGAGUUUCUUCAGAUUCAUGACGGAGAUUCCUCUGCAGCAUUUCAACUGGGCAGAUUCUGUGGCCCCAGCACCCCUCCUGAACUCCUCAGCAGCGACAACGCUCUCUAUUUUCAUUUCUACUCUGAACACUUAAGAAGCGAGAGAGGCUUUACAGUGAGAUGGGAAACACAGCAGCCAGAGUGUGGAGGUAUACUGACUGGUACCUAUGGUUCUAUUAUGUCCCCGGGAUAUCCUGGAAACUAUCCCCCAGGAAGAGAUUGUGUCUGGAGAGUUAUAACCAGUCCCGGCCUUCAGAUAACAUUUACUUUUGGGACCUUGAGCCUGGAGCAGCAUGAUGAUUGCAGCAAAGAUUAUCUAGAGAUCCGAGAUGGUCCUUUGAGCCAGGAUCCUGUUCUUGGGAAAUUCUGCUCCACUCUGUCUGUCCCACCGCUCCACACGACAGGUCCCUUUGCCAGAGUUCAUUUUCACUCAGACAACCAGGUGAAUGGCCAAGGCUUCCAUAUCACCUACUUAACAUCACCUGCGGAUCCGCCCUGUGGAGGGAACUUCACAGACCCAGAGGGUGAGCUCUCCCUUGCCUUGUCGGGGCCUUUCCCUCACAGCAAACAUUGCAUCUAUAUCAUCAAGCAGCCCCUGGGAGAGCAAAUACAGCUCAACUUCACCCACGUGGAGCUGGAAGGCCAGAGCGGCUGUUCUCCGAGUUACAUCGAGGUUCGAGAUGAUGAUGACUUACUUGGAAAAGUCUGUGGCAAUGAGACCCUCUCUCACAUUAAAUCCAUUACUAAUAGCAUCUGGAUCAGGUUCAUAAUUGAUGCUUCUGUUGUAAGAGUUAGCUUCAGAGCUGUUUAUCAAGUGGCCUGCGGAGGUGAUUUAAGCGGAGAAGGGGUCAUUCGCUCGCCCUUUUAUCCUAACGUGUAUCCAGGAGAAAGGAUCUGCAGGUGGACCAUCCACCAACCGCAAAGCCAAGUAGUUCUUCUCAACUUCACUGGCUUUGAAAUCGGCAGCUCUGCCCACUGUAAUACAGAUUAUAUUGAAAUUGGUAGCAGUUCCAUUUUGGGUUCUACUGAAAAUAAAAAAUAUUGUGGCACAGACAUACCUUCGCUUAUCACAUCCAUAUACAAUUUUCUUUAUGUCAUAUUUGUCAAAAGUUCUUCUACUGAAAAUCAUGGUUUCAUGGCUAAGUUCAGUAGUGAAGAUUUGGCAUGUGGAAAAAUUCUUACAGAGCCAACAGGAGUUAUUCAAAGUCCUGGUCAUCCAAAUAUCUACCCCCAUGGGAUCAACUGUACCUGGCACAUAGUAAUCGAAUCUGGCUACCUGAUAAAUUUGGUAUUCAGAAGAUUUCAUCUGCAGUUUCACUAUAAUUGCACAAGUGACUAUCUGGAAGUUUAUGACACUGGUUCUGAGACAUCUCUUGGGAGAUAUUGUGGAAGAUCGAUCCCGCCCUCUCUUAUCAGCAGUAGCAACUCAUUAAUGCUUGUGUUUGUGUCUGACUCUGACCUUGCUUAUGAAGGCUUUUUAAUAAACUAUGAAGUAACUAAUGCAUCAGCAGUAUGCUUGAAAAACUAUACAGAAGAAUCUGGUGUGUUCACGUCUCCAAACUUCCCCAAUAAUUACCCCACCAACUGGAAGUGCAUUUAUAAGAUCACCGUGGGAACCAGCCAACAGAUUGCAUUGCACUUCACGAACUUCUCCUUGGAGGAGACCAUUGGUGGAGUAUGUAUGGGAGAUUUUGUGGAAAUCAGAGAUGGAGGGUAUGAAACUUCCCCACUCCUGGGAAAAUACUGCGGCUCAAACCCACCUCCAAGAAUCAUCUCUCACAGUAACAAAUUAUGGUUGCAAUUUGUGAGUGAUAUCUCUGACGUAAGGUCCGGAUUCUCAGCUUACUGGGAUGGAUCAUUAACAGGUUGUGGGGGCAAUCUCACCACUCCCACUGGCACGUUCACAUCUCCCAACUACCCGAUGCCCUAUUACCACAGCUCCGAAUGCUACUGGGGGCUGAAAGCCAGCCACGGCAGCCCGUUUGAACUGGAGUUUGAAGACUUUCACUUGGAGCACCAUCCAAACUGCACUUUAGAUUAUCUGGCUGUAUAUGAUGGCCCAAGUACCAGCUCUCAUCUGUUAACUCAGCUUUGUGGAAAUGAGAAACCGCCUCCGAUUCGUUCGAGUGGAGACAGCAUGUUUUUAAAACUGAGGACAGAUGAAGGUCAACAAGGAGGUGGCUUCCUGGCCAAAUACCGGCAGACAUGUGAGAACGUGAUGAUUGUGAAUCGAACCUAUGGCAUCUUAGAGAGUAUACAUUAUCCAAAUCCCUAUUCUCACAACCAGCGUUGCAACUGGACCAUCCAAGCAACAACUGGCAACACUGUGAAUUACACGUUUUUAGAAUUUGAAUUGGAACAUUACAUAAACUGCUCCACAGACUACUUAGAGCUCUAUGAUGGCGCGCAGAGGAUGGGGCGCUACUGUGGAACAGAUAAGCCGCCUUCGGGGAGCACCACAGGCUCCGUUCUUCACGUGCUGUUCCACACCGAUGGGGUUGGUGAAGAAAAAGGGUUCCAGAUGCAGUGGUUCGUUCACGGUUGUGGUGCGGAGCUGUCGGGGCCCACAGGCUCCUUCAGCAGCCCUGGCUACCCUAACACGUAUCCCCCCAGCAAGGAGUGUAUAUGGUACAUUCACACUGCUCCUGGGAGCAGCAUUCAGCUCACCAUCCACGACUUUGAUGUGGAGUAUCACGAAAGCUGCAAGUUUGAUGUCCUGGAGAUCUAUGGAGGCCCCGAUUUCCACUCUCCCAGAAUAGCCCAGUUGUGUGCCCGGAGAUCAUCUGAGAAUCCCAUGCAGGUCUCCAGCACAGGAAAUGAGCUAGCAAUCCGAUUUGUGACUGACAGCUUCAUAGGUGGGAGAGGCUUCAAUGCCUCAUGGCAAGCCAUCCCUGGAGGUUGUGGUGGGAUUUUCCAGGCUCCCAGUGGUGAGAUUCAUUCUCCAAAUUACCCCAGUCCUUAUAGGAGUAACACUGACUGUUCCUGGGUCAUUCAAGUGGAAAGACAUCACCGUGUUCUCUUGAACGUCACUGACUUUGACCUUGAACCUCAGGACUCUUGUAUUAUAACCUAUGAUGGUUUAAGCUCCACAGCCACCCGCCUUGCCCGGGCGUGUGGAAGACAGCAGCUGACAAACCCCGUCACCUCUUCAGGAAACAGCCUCUUUGUGAGAUUUCAGUCUGGCCCUUCUAGACAGGGCAGGGGCUUCCGAGCUCGUUUCAGGCAAGUCUGCGGAGGCCACCUCCUCACCAACUCAUUUGGUACCAUAUCCUCUCCAUUGUUCCCUGCCAAGUACCCGGAAAAUCAGAACUGCAGCUGGAUAAUUCAAGCUCAGCCUCCAUUCAAUCAUAUUACCCUCUCCUUUACCCACUUUGGACUUGAAAGCAGCACAGCAUGUACACAAGACUUUUUAGAAAUUUUGGAUGGCAAUUAUGAUGACGCUCCCCUCCGAGGCCGAUAUUGUGGCACCUCCAUGCCCCAUCCCAUCACUUCCUUCAGCAAUGCCCUCACACUGAGGUUCGUCUCUGAUUCUAGUGUGAGUUCCAAUGGCUUCCAUGCUACAUAUGCCGCAUCCUCUUCAGCUUGUGGUGGAGACUUCCACAUGGCUGAAGGCAUCUUCGACAGCCCUGGCUACCCGGAAGUUUAUCCUUCUAAUGUGGAAUGUGUUUGGAACAUUGUCAGCUCCCCUGGCAACCAGCUCCAGCUGUCUUUCAUAACUUUCCAGUUGGAGGAUUCUCAGGACUGUAGCAGAGAUUUUGUAGAGAUCCGGGAAGAAAAUGCCACUGGUCACUUGGUGGGAAGAUACUGUGGAAACACCCUCCCCCUCAAUUAUUCAUCCAUUGUCGGGCAUAGCCUGUGGAUCAGAUUUGUCUCUGAUGGCGCAAGCAGUGGCAUAGGCUUUCAGGCCGUGUUUGCUCACAUGUUUGGCAAUGAUAAUAUUGUGGGAACUCAUGGGAAAGUUGCCUCUCCCUUGUGGCCUGGAAAUUACCCCCACAACUCUGAUUACCACUGGAUAGUAAAUGUGAAUGCCUCUCAAGUUGUCCAUGGUAGAAUCUUGGAGAUGGACAUUGAAUCAACCAACUACUGCUAUUAUGACAAAUUAAGGAUUUAUGAUGGUGCUGGCAUUCACUCCCGCCUCGUUGGAACCUACUGUGGUACCCAGGGCCAAUCCUUUAGCUCCACAGGAAAUACUUUGACAUUUCGGUUUUCUUCUGACUCUUCGAUCUCAGGGAAAGGAUUCCUUCUGGAGUGGUUUGCAGUGAAUGCUGCUGUUGGACCCUUACCUACCAUUGCUCCAGGUGCUUGUGGCGGGUUCCUGAGGACAGGAGAGGCGCCAGUCUUUCUUUUCUCCCCAGGCUGGCCUGAAAACUACGGGAACAGGGCUGACUGUGUGUGGCUUAUCCAGGCUCCUGAUUCCACUGUGGAGCUCAACAUCCUCUCCCUGGACAUUGAAUCUCAUGGAACAUGCAACUAUGAUAAACUUGUGAUACGAGAUGGAGACAAUGACAUGGCCCAGCAGCUGGCAGUUCUCUGUGGCAGAGAGAUCCCUGGGCCCAUCCGGUCUACAGGAGAGUACAUGUGGCUCCGGUUCACCUCGGACUUCAGUAUAACCAGGGCGGGCUUUAACGCAUCCUUCCACAAGAGCUGUGGUGGAUAUUUGCAUGCCAACAGAGGAAUUAUCACGUCACCCAACUACCCGGAGACCUACCCUCCCAACCUCAACUGCUCUUGGCACGUCCUGGUUCAGAGUGGCCUGACUGUCGCCGUCCACUUUGAACAGCCCUUCCAGAUUCCAAACAGAGGCUCUUCUUGUAACGAGGGGGAUUACUUGGUGCUAAAAAAUGGACCUGAUAUCACUUCACCACCCUUGGGACCCCAUGGAGGAAAUGGUCAUUUUUGUGGCAGUCGUCCUUCAUCCACUCUGUUCACCUCAGAUAAUCAAAUGUUUGUUCAGUUUAUUUCUGAUAAUAGUAAUGGAGGGCAAGGAUUUAAGAUCAAAUAUGAGGCAAAGAGCUUAGCCUGUGGGGGCAAUAUCUACAUCCACGAUGCAGAUUCUACUGGUUAUGUGACCUCCCCCAACUACCCAGACAGUUAUCCCCAGCACGCUGAUUGCAUCUGGCUCAUCGCCGCGCCUCCUGGAAAGCUCAUAAGGCUACAGUUCGAAGAUCAAUUCAAUAUUGAAGUGACACCCAACUGUACAUCCAAUUAUCUUGAAUUGCGAGAUGGAGCGGAUUCAAAUGCACCAAUAAUUUCCAAGUUUUGUGGGACAUCUUUGCCCAGCAGUCAGUUGUCCUCAGGAGAGGUGAUAUACUUGAGAUUCCGGUCUGACAACAACUCCACUCAUGUGGGAUUCAAGGCCAAGUAUUCUAUAGCCCAGUGUGGGGGAACAUUGACAGGGCAAAGUGGUGUCAUCCAAAGCAUCGGGUACCCAACACUUCCAUAUUCAGACGAUUUAUUCUGUGAGUGGCAUCUCCGGGGUGCCUCAGGACACUAUCUCACCAUCCAUUUUGAAGACUUUAACCUUCAGAAUUCCUCUGGCUGUGAGAAAGACUUUGUUGAGAUCUGGGAAAACCAUACCUCUGGAAAUGUACUGGGCAGAUACUGUGGAAACAUCAUUCCUGACAGCAUAGACACUUCUGGCAAUGUCGCCGUGGUCAGGUUUGUCACCGAUGGCUCUCUUACUGCCUCAGGAUUCAGACUACGGUUUGAAUCCAGUUUGGAAGGAUGUGGUGGGGAUCUACAGGGCCCUACUGGAACAUUUACUUCUCCCAGCUACCCUAACCCAAACCCCCAUGGCCGGGUCUGUGAGUGGAGAAUCACUGUGCAGGAAGGAAAGCAGGUCACCCUAACUUUUAACAACCUGAGGCUGGAAGCUCAUCCAUCCUGCAACAGCGAGAGUGUGACAGUAUUCAAUGGCAUUAGAAGUAACUCACCCCAGCUCGGGAAGCUGUGUAGCAGUGUGAAUAUAAGUGAUGAGAUCAGAUCUUCAGGAAAUACAAUGAAAGUCAUUUAUUUCACCGAUGGAUCCAGGCCAUAUGGAGGCUUCACUGCUUCCUACACAUCCAGUGAAGAUGCGGUGUGUGGCGGGUCCCUUACAAAUUCCCCUGAAGGAAACUUUACUUCUCCUGGCUACAAUGGAGUCAGCAAUUACUCAAGAAACCUAAACUGUGAAUGGACUCUCAGCAAUCCAAAUCAGGGAAAUUCAUCCAUUUACAUUCAUUUUGUGAAUUUUUACCUAGAAAGUCACCAAGACUGCCAAUUUGAUGUCUUAGAGUUCCGAGUGGGUGAUGCUGAUGGGCCUCUGAUAUGGAGACUUUGUGGACCAGUAGCAUCUACAGUGCCACUGGUAAUACCUUAUCCUCAGGUAUGGAUACACUUUGUCACCAACGAACGUGUAGAACAUAUUGGAUUCCAUGCAGAGUAUUUCUUUACAGACUGUGGUGGAAUACAGAUAGGUGAGAGUGGAGUGAUCACAAGCCCCAACUAUCCAGCCUUAUAUGACAGCCUGACCCACUGUGCUUGGUUGUUGGAAGCUCCCCAAGGCCAUACCCUCACUCUUACAUUUAGUGACUUUGAUAUCGAAAACCAUUUAACCUGUUCUUGGGACUCUGUCACUGUCAAGAAUGGUGGUUCUCCUGGAUCGCCCAUAAUAGGGCAGUACUGUGGGAGUUCAAACCCCAGUCCAAUCCAGUCUGGUUCUAACCAGCUGGUGGUGAUUUUUAACUCAGACCAUUCGGUGCAAAAUGGUGGAUUUUAUGCUACAUGGAGCACGCAAACUUUAGGUUGUGGUGGAAUUCUUCACUCAGAUAACGGUACAAUCAAAUCCCCUCACUGGCCUCAGAAUUUUCCCGAGAACAGCAGAUGUUCCUGGACAGUCAUUACUCACGAAAGUAAUCACUUGGAGCUUCGCUUUGACAACAACUUCCUAAUCCCCAGUGGCGAUGGACAGUGUCAGAACAGCUUUGUGAAGGUGUGGGCAGGAACUGAAGAGGCGGACAGCGCCCUGCUGGCCACGGGCUGUGGGAGCGCGGCUCCCGGGGCCGUCAGCACGCCGAGGAACGCGCUCACCGCCGUGUUCCAGUCGCAGGAGGCCCCGGCUCAGGGCUUCUCUGCCUCCUUUGUAAGCCGAUGUGGAAGCAAUUUCACUAAAUCUUCAGGUUACAUUAUUUCUCCAAACUACCCAAAGCAAUAUGACGACAACAUGAACUGCAUUUAUUUCAUAGAGGCUAACCCUCUGUCUGUGGUUCUCUUGACUUUUGUGUCUUUUCAUUUGGAAGCUCGCUCAGCCGUCACGGGAAGCUGUGACAGCGAUGGCUUACACAUCAUCAGCGGUGACAGCAUAGCAUCCACACCUUUUGCUACCCUGUGUGGCGACGAAACCCUGUCUCCUUUUACCAUCUCCGGUCCAGUGCUGCUCAACUUCUACUCCAAUUCACACACCACUGACUUUGGAUUCAAGCUUUCCUAUCAGAUAACCUCCUGUGGCGGUGUGUUCAACUUCUCCACUGGACUCAUCCACAGCCCUGCCUACUCAUACUCAGACUACCCUAGCAAUUUGUACUGUUUGUACAACAUCACUGUGAGAGGCGACAAAGUGAUUCUGCUCAAGUUCAUUGAGUUUGAUGUGGUUCUCUCCACCUCCUGCUCCCAAGACUACCUGGCAAUUUAUGAUGGUUAUAACAUCAGUGACCCACUUCUUGGCAAGUUCUGUGGUUCCAAGCUUCCACCAAAUGUUAAGAGCAGUAAUAAUAGUAUGCUCCUGGUGUUCAAGACAGAUUCAUCUCAAACAGCAAGAGGUUGGAAGCUAUCUUUCCAACAGACAUUGGGGCCUCGGCAAGGAUGUGGUGGCUAUCUGACAGCCUCAAAUUACACCUUUGCCUCUCCUGAUUCUGAUUCAGAUGGAAGAUAUGACAAGAAUUUAAACUGCGUAUGGUUCAUAAUUGCACCUGUAAACAAACUCAUUAAACUCACCUUCAAUACGUUUGCUCUGGAGUCAGCAUCCACUUUGCAAAGAUGCAUUUAUGAUUAUGUAAAGCUAUAUGACGGGGAGAGUGAAGAUGCCGAGUUGGCUGGAACAUUUUGUGGUUCCAGGGUACCUGCGCCCUUUGUCUCUUCUGGUAACUUCCUGACAGUUCAAUUUGUCAGUGACAUAACUUUGGAAAGGGAAGGAUUUAAUGCUACAUAUACCUUCAUCGACAUGAUUUGUGGUGGAACAUAUAAUGCAACUUGGACCCCACAAAAUAUUUCGUCACCCAGUUUAUCAAACCCAGAUGUCCCACUUUCCACCUGUACUUGGGUCUUUGAAGCUCCUCCACAUCAGCAGGUCAAGAUCACUGUGUGGGCAUUGCAGCUGCACUCGCGGGACUGCCACCAGAAUUACUUAGAGUUUCAGGAUGCACAGGAGAGUAAUGGAAAUGCAAGAAUUCACUUCUGUGGCAGCAAUGCGUCAGCUGUUCCGACGUUCUAUUCUUCUUUGAGCACUGCAAUUGUCAUUUUCAAAUCUGAAGUUUUUAACAACUCUAGAGUGGGUUUUACCUAUCAGGUUGCAGGUUGUAACAGAGACUAUCACAGGGCAUUCGGCAAUCUGAAGAGCCCCGGAUGGCCCGAUAAUUAUAACAAUAACAUGGAUUGCACUGUGACUCUCACAGCCCCACAGAACCACACCAUUUCCCUCUUCUUUCAUUCAUUUGGCAUCGAGGACUCCAGUGAAUGCAGACAUGACUUCUUGGAGGUGAGAAAUGGAAGCGACGGCAGUGCUCCCUUACUCGGCACCUAUUGUGGAAGUCUGUUGCCAAAUCCUAUCUUCUCUCACCAUAAUGAACUGUACCUGCGAUUUAAGAGUGACAGCACAACUUCCAGUCAUGGAUAUGAAAUUGUCUGGACCUCAUCCCCCUCUGGCUGUGGUGGAACUCUUUAUGGAGACCGAGGCUCCUUCACCAGCCCCGGCUAUCCGGGCACUUACCCAAACAACACUCACUGUGAAUGGGCCAUCAUUGCUCCUGCUGGAAGACUUGUCACCAUCAACUUUUACUUCAUCAGUAUUGAUGAUCCUGGAGACUGUGUCCAGAACUAUCUUAUACUCUAUGAUGGACCAGAUGUUAAUUCUCCAUCCUCUGGACCAUAUUGCGGCACAGACACUAACAUAGCUCCCUUCGUGGCCUCCUCACAUCGAGUCUUCGUAGAAUUUCAUGCAGAGUAUGCAGUGCGCCCGUCAGCAAUCCAGUUAACCUGGGAGAGCUGAACGCGCAAGGACUGUGUUCAGCCAGCACUUUGGCUCUCCUGCAGGGGCCAUCAGCCAUCACCCUGGACAGAGCUCUGCCAUCCUGAUCCAUGACCCCUGCCCGUGGCACUGAGAAUAACUUUGACAUUUGUUUUUCACCAAAGUGUGUGUGGAAUCAAUAUUUGUACAUUUUUUAAAAUUGUAGAAUGUAGCUUCUUUAGUCUUGGCUGGGCUCGUCAUUUUUUAUUCUAAUAUUUGAGCUGAAAUUUUCUAAAAUCCCCUAAAGAGAUGGAAAUCAUUAUGGUAUAUGUGCUGUCAUUCAAAAGUAAAUAAUAAAACAGAGCUAUGAUUGUUACUGUAAAUGUCAAAUUAGGUGUAAUGAACUUGAAUUGUACACAGAUAUGCUGCAUUCAUUUUUAACUCAUUAAAAUUUAGUCUUUCACUAUAUGGUAUAUAUAAAUUUUCAAGUUGAAUU